CUGCAUGCAGUUACAAGGCAUGCACAACAUCUUCGUUCGGUGCACUCUUGUUUCUGUUGUAAUGUAAUGUGGAUCUCAUCUGCCAGCAACAAUAAGACUACACAAUUCCCGCAUUCUGGAAUCACAAUGAUCACCGAAGAAUCGUCAAAGAUGUUGGAAAAUAUUGAUAGCGAGUAUGAUAAAUUGGUCUUACCUGAUAUACCAAGGGCUGAAGAAGCCGAGAUGUUGCACCCUCAAGCAAAAUCAAAAGUUAAAUCUUUGUGUUGGUGGAUGAAAACAUUGUUAUGGUGCUGCCUCGCUGUUAUACUUGCUACUGUUCUUGUGAAAUGGGGAGUACCAUUUGCUUUUGGAAAGGUUCUUUACCCAAUCAUGGAGUGGGAAGCUACUUCCUUUGGCCAUCCUGUUCUUGCCCUUAUACUUGUUGCUUCUCUAGCUUUGCUGCCAGUAUUCUUGCUUCCUUCGGGCCCCUCUAUGUGGCUGGCAGGGAUGAUUUUUGGUUAUGGCCUUGGCUUUGCUAUAAUAAUGGGUGGAACAACCAUUGGGAUGGUCCUGCCUUACCAAAUUGGACUACGGUUCCGUGACCGCAUUCAUCAAUGGUUAAAAAGAUGGCCUCGUAAUGCAGCAAUGAUUAGGCUUGCUGGGGAGGGAAACUGGCUCUAUCAAUUUCAAGUGGUUGCUUUGUUUAGGCUCUCACCUUUUCCCUAUACUAUAUUCAAUUAUGCUGUUGUGGUGACUAAUGUGAAGUUUUGGCCCUAUUUAUGCGGAUCAGUUGCUGGAAUGGUGCCAGAAGCUUUCCUCUACAUAUACAGUGGUCGAUUAAUGAAGACAUUGGCUGAAGUAGGGUUAGGGAAGCGUCACCUAAACACUCUGGAAAUUAUAUACAGCCUUAUUUCUUUCAUCAUUUCAAUUGUUGCAAUUGUUGCCUUCACCGUUUAUGCAAAGAGGACCUUACGUGAACUCAAAAUGAUAGAGUUGAAUGAUGAAGUUUCCUUGAAUGGUGAAGUUCCCUUAGUAUCUGAGGGAGGUAGUUGUGAAAUGAGGUCACGUCCUCUUGUGAAGUCCAAUAGCUCGCCUCAAUUUUCAUGAUUGUAUAUAUAACAAGUUGCUAUAGGAUACAUUCUUUUUGAACUCCAGGCUUUCUUUUUACGUCCAUGAUUGAUCAGCUGAUCACUGUAAAUAGUUUGAGGAAUAGAAAAGCAAAUCAGCUAAUGCGUUCCGCUGAUUUUGAUUUGUUGUAAGAGUAAGUUACUGACUCAUUGCAGAAGACACGCUUGCCACUGGCCAUCUUGUCGAACGUAUGCUAUGCAAAAAUAACUAGUUAUCUCUUGCCUCCUAUGAGGGAAAGGGUUCCUAAAAUC